AUGUGCGAGGCCGGGCGACUGCUAACGAUCCAGAGCCAUGUGGCGACGGGCUAUGUGGGCAAUCGCUCCGCGACGUUUCCUGCGCAGCUGCUCGGCUGGGACGUCGAUGCGGUGAAUACGGUGCAGUUUUCGAACCACACCGGCUACGGCCGCUGGGGCGGCCUGCGCUUUGACGAGCACCACCUCACGGACGUGUUCGACGGGUUGGCGCGCAACGGGCUGCUCACGCAGAACCGCGUCGUGACGGGGUACACGCCGUCGCCGGAGGCGCUGUCGGCCGUCGAGCGCCUGAUCGCCCGGCUGCGCGCGACGAACCCCGCGCUGGUGUACCUGCUCGACCCAGUGAUGGGCGACAUGGACCGCGGCAUGUAUGUGAACCCCAACGUGCUGCCGAUCUACCGCCGCAUGCUGCACCUCUCGACGAUCAUCUGUCCGAACCAGUUCGAGGCGCAGCUGCUCGCGGGCCAGGAGAUCACGUCGCUUGCGUCGCUGCGUGCCGUGCAGGAGAAGCUGCACGUCGAGUACCGCGUGCCGCAUGUGGUGAUCACGUCCCUGGCGCUCCCGCCGGACGACCUCGCGCGCCUCGGCGCCUCGGCGACGAUGCCGGACGGGCAGGAGGCCAUGGUGCUCGUCGGCUCGACGUGGGACCACGGCCUCCAGUCGUGGUUCCUGCAGUUCCCGUGCCUCGGCGAGUACUUCUCGGGCGUCGGCGAUCUCUUCGCGGCCCUCGUGCUGGCGCGCUUCGCGACGCACCUCGACGACCUGCCUGAGCCCGCGCGCGCGGCGCAUGCGCUUGAGCCCGCGGCAAGCGCAGACGAGUGCACACUCCCGAUCGCGCGCGCCGUCAUGCUCGCCGUCGCUGCGCUCCAGCACGUGCUCGUGCGCACGCGCGCCACGAUGGUCGAGCAGGGCGCGCGCCUCCAGCUCGAUCCCUUCCGCCCCGUGACCCAGCUCGACGCCGACGAGCGCGUCAGGGUGAUGCGCCUGCGCGAGCUGCGCAUUGUGCAGAGCGCGUCCGAGAUCCUGCGGCCCCGCGUGCUCUACCGCCCCCAGUGGGCACGGUCCUAG